CGAUCCCGUGUCGUGCAGGAGAGACAAGGCGGCGGGAGAGAACGAAACGUACCACGGUCUCGUGGAUUCUGCCUGCACUCUGCGACCAUUCCGCAGUUACACGUCGUCCAAGUCGGUUUCGUAGCGUACCUUGGUCCCUGGCCGAUUGCCACGAGGCACCACCGUUCCUCGAGAUGCUCGAAGAGCCGAGCCGCCUAGGUACCGGCAUCGAUAGAUCCUGACCGGACCCUGGGAAACACCGAUCGGCCGUUCCUCGAUCCUGGAAAAUCCUUCGACGGCGGAAUUCACGUGCCAAAUAUGGUUCGGCUCCCUCGAAGCUCCUCUCGGUAGCGAUGCUGGGCCCGUGGUGAACGGUAAACAAGACUUUGACGAGAGACACGGAGUCGAACGAUCUUGAACCGAUCCUCUUGCACGCGCGCCAGGACUCGUCCGGGACUUAGUAGUGGUUUUCGGUGGUUCGGUAUCUCGGUGCGGUGACACUCGGACUUGUUUUCGGAUCGACGAGGAUGACAUGCCGCGAAGAAGGUCGCGAGGAUUUUAGCGCGGCGAGCGACGCGCAAGGAUGCCCCGCCGGCCAACGGAAAUGACAGGGAUCUUUUCGCGUUUCGUCCCGAGUGCCCGUCGAAUGAUUCCGAACGAAAAUGUGCCCGCUCGACGAACAGUUCUGUAACUCGGCGAAGGUAACGGAAAAACGAUUUUCGCUUCGCUUCGCUUCGACAUCGACGCGACAAAAGGAUCUCGGUGUUGCCUGCGAGAAUAAGAAAAUCACGUGCGUUCGUGGCAACAAGAAGUGUACGCGGUAACGUUGAUUUCGAGACAAAAGUGCCCGCCGAAAGGAGGGAUGAAUAAGUAAGAGAAACUUUCCACGAGAGCGCCGAGAAGAUUGCGUAUGUAAAGAGCGCAAAAUGCGACAUGUACCGCGCCGCCUAAGAAAUGAUCGGUUCAACAAUAAAACGGUAUACCCAGAGAACGAUUCGAUGAAUGUAUGCGAACGAGGCCGUUGUUAUCGAUACUGAUUUAAACAGCAAGUGCGGCGGUGCCUUUUGCCGAUAAAAAGUGAAACGGUGCCUGAUCUUGCCACGGCACUAACUACCUCGACCUUAAUGACGUUGGAUACACCCGGUUUGACAAAGAUGGCGUUCUUCUGCACUAUAUUUAUUAUUUUACGGCUACUAUUUAUCGACGCAGCAUCGACCACACCUGGAACAUGGAUAAACGUCGGGUUACAACAUUUCCCUCAACUGGAGACUGCCCAAAUGAUCGAGACUUACGACGUAGCAGCAUCCACUAUUUGCCACGGGCUGAGGGGUCUCUCUCAAGGCCAAGGAAAACUAUGUCAGCUGUCCGUGGAUCACAUGUUAAGUGUAGCUAAUGGUGCGAAAAUUGGGAUUCUUGAGUGCCAACACCAAUUUCACGAUCGGAGAUGGAAUUGCUCCACUGUUCACGAUGAAACUGUCUUCGGACCAAUACUAAGAAUUGCUAGCAGAGAAACCGCAUUCGUUCAUGCAAUCACGGCUGCAGGAGUGGUUUACUCAAUUAGUCGAUCCUGCAGAGACGGUCAGUUAUCCUCUUGUGGUUGUUCCAGAAGCAAUAGGCCCCGAGAUUUGAAACACGAUUGGAUUUGGGGUGGAUGCGGAGACAAUCUUGAGUACGGUUACAAAUUCACACAGGCAUUUGUUGAUGUAAGGGAGCGCGAGCGCAGCUUUAAAAGAGGCAGCAGAGAGCAAGGCAGAAGUCUGAUGAAUCUUCACAAUAAUGAGGCGGGACGCAGGGCGGUAAUUAAAAAAUCCAAGGUGACAUGCAAGUGCCAUGGGGUUUCAGGAAGCUGCAGCUUGAUCACUUGCUGGCAACAAUUAGCAUCGUUUCGAGAAAUUGGUGAUUUUCUGUUAGAUAAAUAUGAUGGAGCAACAGAAGUCCGAGUAAACAGACGCGGCCGUCUGUCCAUGAGAGAUCCAAGAUUUUCAUUACCUACGGCAAAUGAUCUGGUUUAUUUGGAUGAUUCGCCAAAUUAUUGCCUUCCUAAUGAAACAUAUGGAUCACUAGGUACACAUGGCAGAAUUUGUAACAGAACAUCAUCUGGUAUGGAUGGCUGUAAUCUCCUUUGUUGCGGCAGGGGUUAUAACACGCAAAAAUCGACUAUCCGAGAGAGAUGCGAGUGCAAAUUUCAAUGGUGUUGUUCUGUUGAAUGUAAAACUUGUGUCAAAAGCAUUGACAUUCAUACAUGCAAAUAAAAUAUCAGCCGUAUUGAUAUUUUAGAAGGUCCAUUCAAUUACUGGAAUUCAAGUUCUUUUACAUUUCAGAAUAAUUUGAUAAAUUGAAGUAUUUUGUAUCAUAUACAAGGUGAUUUGCUAUUAAAAAAAUACCAAAAGAAAUUUUUCUAAUUA